CACUCCCUGCUCGCCUCACUCCCUGCCUGCUUCCACUUUACCUCCCCUCCCCCUCCCCUGCCUGCUUCCACCCUACCUCUCCUCCCACCCCUGCCUGCCCCUCCCCGCUUCCACCCUACGUCCCGUCCCCUCCCACCCCACUCCCCUGCCUGCUUCCACCCUGCCUCCCCUCCCCUGCCUGCUUCCACCCUACCUCUCCUCCCCCUCCCGUGCCUGCUUCCACCCUGCCCCUCCCUUCCUGCUUCCACCCUACCUCUCCUCCCCCGCCCCAGCCUGCCUGCCUGCCUCUCCUCAGUCCCUCCCAGCCUCUGCCUCACCUGGGAGCACGUAGCCCCCUCCAACGGCCCUGCCAUUGGCUGGCGGGCACUUGAGCCCACCUGGCAGCGCCCUGUCUGAUUGGGCAGCCCGGCGGCCCCUCCUCCCUAUAUAAGGGCCCCGCCCCCAGGGCGAUGGAAGCAGAGCAGGCUGAGUCCGAGCGUUGCCAGCAGAGCUGCCCCCCCCGCCAGCAACCGUUUCCUCCAGGCACGGCGGCGUGACGUCGGCAGCGCUUCCGCCAGGCUCGCGCCUCUCCCUCGCUCUUUCCUGUUCCCGCGCCUCGCCCAGCAGCACCGAGUGAGGCAGCCGCUCCCCGGACUCGAGACCCGCCAGCCCCGCCGAGACCAUGGCAUCAGGAGUACAAGUGGCUGAUGAAGUAUGCCGUAUCUUCUAUGACAUGAAAGUUCGUAAGUGCUCCACACCUGGGGAAAUCAAGAAAAGGAAGAAGGCAGUUUUAUUCUGUCUCAGUGAAGACCAGAAGUGCAUUGUUGUGGAAGAAGGCAAAGAAAUCCUCGUGGGAGAUAUUGGCGUAACAGUUUCUGAUCCUUUCAAGCAGUUUGUGCAGAUGCUCCCUGAAAAGGAUUGCCGUUAUGCCUUGUACGAUGCAAGCUUUGAAACAAAGGAAUCAAAAAAAGAGGAGUUGAUGUUCAUCCUGUGGGCACCAGACCAAGCGCCUCUCAAAAGUAAGAUGAUCUAUGCAAGCUCUAAGGAUGCCAUCAAAAAGAAAUUUCAAGGCAUAAAGCACGAAUGUCAAGCAAAUGGGCCAGAGGACCUUAACCGAGCUUGCAUUGCUGAUAAGCUAGGAGGCUCCCUAAUCGUAGCUUUUGAAGGAUGUCCUGUGUAGAUGCCAUACAGUGCCACAACUCUACAAGCAUUCCAUGUUUUAAUAUAUCAAUUAUGUAAAGCAAACAUUCUAAACCAGGGUUUCACUAAUGGUAGGGAAACUGUCUUGUAGAAUAAAGUAGACUUUGCAGAUGUAGUUGAUUAUGUACAAAUGAUCCUGAAUAAAUAAAGUCUAAGGAUUUCUCUUGGCUGAGCAGCCCUGAGGAUUACAAACAAGUUUACUAUUGAACUCUGGCUUCAAUACUGCAUAGUGAAGGGGGGGAGUUUGGUUCUCUUUCCAGUUGAUCUAAAUUGUAGCAAACAUCACAAUCUUAAAUUUUCUCUGUAGCAAUCAGACAUGUCACAAAGCUUCUUUUUUCUUUUUUUCCCCCCCUUUCUGGCUAGUGUCUGUCUUAGGAUGAGAUUAAUACAACUUUAUUAAAUGUCAUAUGCUAAAAGGAA